AUGGGAAAUGACAAGGUGGAAUGGCUGGAAAAGCAGAAACGAAAGAAUAAUGUGGUAAUCCAAGGAAAGAAAUUAGACACAAACGACACAGAAAUACUUAAGGAAGGUAUGAAAGCCAUGAUUGAGCAAGAACUGGAGAUUACCGUUCAGGUGAAGUCUGCUUAUAAACUGGGAGAGAAAACUUGCUUAAUAGAACUAGAAAGAGAAGAAGAUAAAGUCAAUAUAAUGAAAAAUAAAUAUAAACUAAAAAAUAACAAAGAAGAAAGAAUUUUCAUAAAUCAAGAUGAAACAAAGAAAGAGAGAGAAAAAGCCAAAAAACUGAAGAAAGAAAAUACAGGACAGAAACUCAAGGUAACUGAUUUGGCAAAUGAAAAGGACAAGAAUCGGAAGGUAAAUCAGAAAAAAGAAAUAAUAUGGAAAAUUGGAACAUGGAACGUUAGAAGUAUACAAGGAAAAGAAAAAGAACUCGAAGAAGAGUUUGAUGAUUUAGGAUUGGAUCUCCUAGCAGUAACUGAAACCAAGAAAAAAGGGAAAGGAUUAUUGAAGACGGAUGCAGAACACUUAUUCAUAUACAGCGGAGUACAAGAGCGAAAUAGAGCUUCAGCGGGAGUAGGAUGCAUAAUACACAGAAAAUUAUCGCAACAAGUACAUGAGUGGAAAGGAUGGUCGGAACGAAUUCUUUCAAUAGAAAUCAAGGACAAUGAGGAACACAUAAAAACAAUUAUAAUCGUUUAUGGACCUAAUGAAGAUGACAAAGCCCAGACAAAAGAUACUUUUUGGGAAGAUCUAACAAUAAUCACAGAAGAAGCAAAGGGAAAGUCCGGAGAUCUAGCAGGCCAAGCCAGCGCUCAGGACCGUCUGGACCAAUCCAUCUUUGUUCAACAUUUGACGCAACAUCUGGGAAACCAAAUGCAGCAUUGUCGGCAGGAGCGCCAUCUUGUUAAAACCACAUUUGGUGAUUCCGGUUGA